AUGAAAACGAUUGGAAUCAUCGGCGGCAUCGCAUGGCCCAGCACGAUCACAUACUACCAAGACAUCAACCGCCUCAUUGCAGAGAAGCUAGGACCUCAACACUGCGCUAAGUUGAUGCUAGUACAAACCGAUUAUGACCAAAUGAAGAAAUACUUUGACGACGAUGCAUGGGACAAGGUGGCAGAGACCCUCCUCUCACUUGCGCAACAACUGGAGUGCGGGGGAGCCGAUUUCAUUUUGGUUGCUUGCAACACAGCGCAUAAGGCAAUCCCAGCGGUUCAAGCUAAGAUUAAACUGCCGAUCUUGCAUAUAGUCGAUGGUGUAUCAGCGGAGAUACGACAGAAAGGCUUCAAAAAGGUCGGAUUACUUGGGUCUCACGUGACCAUGACGGACGGGUUCUUCACCUCACGCCUGGAAAAGAAUCAGAUUGAGACAAUGAUCCCCAGCGAGGAAGACCGGAAGACGGUACACAAUGCGCUUGUUACGGAAUUAGCGAUGGGGAAAGUUCUGCCAGAGACGCGGGGGAGGUUUAAAAGUGUGAUUCAUCGGCUGGUUGAGGAAGGGGCUGAAGCUGUGAUUCUGGGUUGUACGGAGUUCGGAAUGCUUGUUAGGGUUGGGGAUUGUUCAGUUCCUUUAAUAGACUCAGCUAAAGUUCAUUCGGAGGCUGCGGUGCAGAUGGCGCUUUCAUAG